UACCCGACCGGCUUUCACAGUUGGAUCGUUUUGUAGUUUACGAAUUCUUCUCAUUUCUCACGUGAACGGUCGCGUAUGUGUCUCGUACUCAAACCCCAACUCCUGUUACGGGGCACAGACAUCGCUCUUGUCACUCCUCUCGAACGUGCUCUCUCUGUCUCUCCAGUCUCUCCCUUGAUCGAUAUCUCCCCCUCAGAGAAUAAAAGAUUAUUUCUCUGAAUAAUCGUCGACUUUUUUCUUUUUCUUUUUCUUUUUUUUUUUGACUAUACAUAGCGUUGUCCAAACACGCUCUCUAGUAGUAGUUCGUGUCGAGGCUGGAUACUUCUGCGGAUCGGGAUCAGGACCUGCAGGUCCGGGUCGCGCGGGCAAGCUCUCCGGAUUCGAUGGCGCACUCUCCGGAGAAACGUCGGAGUGAUACCGAGACUUCCCUUGAGGUUUCUGUUGAGAUCGAGCGUGAUAUUGCUGGGGGAAGUGGUAGUGAUAGCGAAGAAGUGGAGAGCAAAGAGGUCGGCAAUGUUGGUUACUUGAACAACGGUGGCAGUAGCUCUCCAGGUUUUCUUUCAGGGGUUGCAAGCAAGAAUGUCUCUGAAGUAAACACAUUGCCGGCUGGGGUAUCACACAUUGACAAAUUGGAAUCUAAGGGUCAGGGUCAGAUUAAGUUGGAAAGAUCAAAAACUGAGAGGCAAAGACAUAACAACAUACGUGCUGAAGAGGCAGCACAAAUUUUUGAUGCCAAAGUACCUGUCCAGCAGAAGCUAAAACUGUUGAAAAGAAUGGCUACUGUAAAAGAUGAUGGAACUGUGGAAUUUGAAGUUCCCGCAGAUGUUGAGCCACAAGUGCUUGCUGCUGGAUCUAUUGAUGCUUGCAAUGAGGCUGUGGAUGAUGAGACUUUAGAUGCAACAGACCUUCCGUACAUACCGCCAUUGCAAAUAGUAAUGCUUAUUGUUGGCACUCGCGGGGAUGUUCAGCCAUUUGUUGCAAUUGGCAAACGUUUGCAGGACUAUGGCCAUCGUGUUAGACUGGCAACUCAUUCAAAUUUCAAAGAUUUUGUCUUGACUGCUGGGUUGGAGUUUUACCCUCUAGGCGGAGAUCCAAAAGUUCUUGCUGGUUAUAUGGUUAAAAAUAAAGGGUUCUUGCCAUCGGGGCCUUCUGAGAUUCCUGUUCAACGAAAUCAAAUGAAGGAAAUUAUUUAUUCUUUACUUCCAGCUUGUAAAGACCCUGAUAUGGAUUGUGGUAUCCCCUUUAAAGCGGAUGCAAUUAUUGCCAACCCCCCAGCAUAUGGGCAUAUCCAUGUGGCAGAGGCACUAAAAGUACCGAUUCAUAUAUUUUUCACGAUGCCAUGGACGCCAACCAGUGAAUUUCCACAUCCUUUAUCCCGUGUGAAGCAGCAAUCUGGAUAUAGGCUGUCGUAUCAAAUUGUUGACUCCUUGAUUUGGCUCGGGAUUCGCGACUUGAUCAAUGAUGUUAGGAAGAAAAAGCUGAAGCUUCGUCCUGUAACAUAUUUAAGUGGUUCACAAGGCUCUGAUUCUGAUAUCCCACAUGGAUAUAUUUGGAGUCCUCACCUAGUUCCUAAACCAAAAGAUUGGGGGCCUAAGGUUGAUGUGGUUGGAUUUUGUUUCCUUGAUCUCGCAUCAAACUAUGAACCUCCUGAACCACUCGUAAAAUGGCUUGAAGCUGGUGAAAAGCCUGUUUACAUUGGAUUUGGCAGCCUUCCGGUUCAAGAGCCAGAAAAAAUGACACAAACUAUUGUGAAAGCAUUGGAAAUGACUGGACAGAGGGGCAUCAUCAACAAAGGCUGGGGUGGCCUUGGGAACUUGGCAGAACCAAAGGACUCCAUAUACUUAUUGGACAACAUUCCUCACGACUGGCUAUUCUUGCAAUGCAAGGCUGUGGUGCAUCAUGGUGGUGCUGGAACGACAGCUGCGGGUCUCAGAGCUGCGUGCCCAACAACUGUUGUACCUUUCUUUGGUGACCAACCCUUCUGGGGAGAGCGAGUACAUGCAAGAGGAGUGGGUCCUGCACCCAUUCCAGUUGAUGAGUUUACACUUCCCAAGUUGGUUGAUGCAAUAAAGUUUAUGCUAGAUCCAAAGGUGAAACAGCAUGCAGUGGAGCUUGCAAAGGCCAUGGAAAGCGAGGAUGGUGUGGCUGGAGCAGUGAAAGCCUUCUUUAAGCAUCUUCCUCGCAAAAAGCCAGGACUAGAGCCAGAACCAGUGCCAUCGAGUCUUUUCUCUAUAAGUAGAUGUUUUGGUUGUUCGUGAAAUUGGUGAUAAAAUGUCCUCAAAAGUCAAAACGCGAGUUCUCUCCCAAAAAACGGAUUUCGAGGAAAAAGAAAGGAAAAAAAUGAAAAGCAAAUUACUUGGGUAUUCUUUUCAUAGAAUCCGAUUCCUACUUCUUCCAGUGUUGUGAUUAUAUGUUUUUAUUUCAGCCAUUAUAUAUCCAUUUCAAGAAAUGCUUUCUUCUUCCCUGUCUUGUUUUUGUUACUCCAAAAAUAAAAUGUUAAAUGAUUAUGUAAGCAUUUAUUUCGUGGAUC